UUGUUCACUCUAAAAUUGAUUCACACUCUCUCACUCUGUUCCUCAAUUCUUCACUCUCCACUUCGCUUCGCGCCUCUCCACUUCGCGCCUGGAUCGCCUCUCUCUCUGUUCGUUCACUCAGUGUAUAAUCAUGGUCACUAAAUGGACAAGAAUUGAUCGACGAAUUAUCCCCACAACAUGUUAUUACUGGUUGAAUGGGAGAUGCAAUCGAAACCCUUGUAGGUUUCUUCACAGCAAACCUCCUAUAGUCACCAAGACCGUCAAUUGUAAUGGAGGAAGGAAGCGAUGUUCUGAGUCUGAGUCUGAAGAAAAUUCACUUACUAAGCGUGCAGCCACGGUUUGGAUUAGGAAUAGUGGAGAUUGUAUUUCUAAGACACCACUUGUUGAGCCUUCUCAGACUUCAUCGCCUACCAUAUCGACACGUGUUGUCGGAGAAGUUUCUCAGACUUCAUCACAUACUUCAUCGACAGAAGUUGUCGAAGAAGUUUCUCAGAGUUCAUCACAUUCUUUAUCGACAGAAGUUGUCGAAGAAGUUUCUCAGAGUUCAUCACAUUCUUUAUCGACAGAAGUUGUCGAAACUGCUGAUAGUUCGUCACCUAUUUUAUCGACAGCAGUUGUCGAAGUUUCUCAGAGUUCGUCAGCAAUUUUAUCGACAGAAUUAUGCAAAUAUUGGAUCAACGGAAACUGUGUGCAUGGUGAUAAAUGUCGGGAUAUGCAUUCUUGGUUUUCUGGUGAUCGGUUAUCAGCAGUAACAAAUCUUGAAGGACACAAGAAACUUGUCACAGGAAUUACACUUCCAGUUGGGACGAACAAACUUUUCUCUGGAAGUACUGAUGGCACAGUUCGGAUAUGGGACUGCCAUACUGCUGAGUGUGCUAAUGUGACCAAUCUUGGUGAUGAAGUCAACUCUUUAAUCAGCGAGGGCCCUUGGAUUUUUGUUGGUCUAUCAAAUAUUGUCAAGGCAUGGAAUAUUCAGAAUGGUUCAGGGUAUACUCUUGAAGUGCCUAAUGGGCGAGUCCUUGCCAUGACUAUUGGCAAAGAUACACUUUUAGCUGGUGCAGAGGAUGGUGUAAUUUCUGCAUGGAAGGGCAGCUCUGAAGCCAAUUCCCCUUUUAAACUGGUUGCAUCACUACUUGGCCACUCUAAAUCUGUUGUUUGCCUUACUGUCGGAUGCCCCAACAAGAGGCUUUUCUCGGGAUCCAUGGACCACAGUAUUAAGGUUUGGGAUCUUGACACAUUUGAGUGUAAAAUGACACUCAAUGGGCAUACUGACACAGUCACAUCCCUUAUUUGUUGGGGCAACUUCUUGCUAUCAAGUUCAUUGGACUGCACUAUUAAGGUCUGGGCUGAAAGUCAAGAGAAAACUUUGCAAGUGGCAUAUUCGCACAAUGUGGAAAACGGCAUUGUUGCACUUAAUGCGAUGACUGAUGCAGAAGAUAAGACUAUACUGUUUUGCUCUUGCCGAGACAAUUCAGUUCGUCUGUAUGAACUACCAUCUUUUUCAGAGAGGGGUAGAUUAUUUGCUAGACAAGAAGUCAGAUCAAUCGAGAAAGGUCCUGGUGGACUGAUCUUCACUGGAGAUGGAACUGGUUUGGUGACCGUCUCAAAAUGGUCGGAAGAAGCCAAGGUAGAAGCAGCAUAGCAUCCUCUUGAGUCAUGAGCACCAACUCCUCUGUUGAUGUGAUAUGAGUGAUUCUUUUAGGCAGGCAGGAGUAUAUGAUCAUUUAUACAACACUAGAGUUAAGAGAGAAUCAUAAACAUUUGUAUAGUUAGUGACACAAAUCAAUUUAUUUUUCCCUGGUCAAUUGAGCAAUUGAUUGUAAAAAGAUGUAUAUAUAUUGAAUACAACAUUCCAAUUCCAUUUCUCUUUUAUCUGUU